AUGGCCGAAGAAGCUGCAACGAAAGAGAUGGGUAACAAGACCGAAGAGAUCGAGGCUGUCCCCAGACAUAGCGAGGUGGCACCACCACCCGUGGAGGCCACCGAGGACAUUGAGGAUGAUCCCCAUCGAGCUGCCCUCGAGGACAAUCCCGAGACCGCUCAACAUGUCUCUUGGUCCACCAUCAUGGCCGUUUUUUUCAUGGGCCUGUCCUUCUCAGGAUGCAUUUCGACUGCGUUCCUUUUGGCGUCGUCCAUCCUGGUCCCAAUCGGAACCGCGUUGGGCGAUUUGGAGCCGAUCAGCUGGAUAGCCUCCUCCUGGUCAGUCACCUCGGCAGUCAGUAUGUCCCUGGGAGGUGGUUUGAGCGACAUAUUCGGCCGUCGAUACGUUAUUAUGGGUGGGCAAGCUCUCAACAUUGUUGGAGCCAUCGUCGCCGCCACUGCUCAAACCACGAAACAUGUCAUCGCUGGAUCUGCCAUUGUUGGCUUCGGUGCCGGUCUCGUUUUCGUUGCUUACGCCGGAAUUCCUGAGAUCCUGCCCAACAAGUACCGUGGCAUGGGUUUAGCAUGGACUGAAUUCUGCAUUACUAUCCCAUGGGGUCUACUCGCAACUCUCCUCGCCAAUCAACUGAAUGAACAUGCGACGUGGCGGUGGGUGUACUAUCUGUCAAUCAUCUAUGCGGCGGUCUGUCUGGUCGGAACGGCCAUCUUCUACUUUCCGCCAGCUCGCCCGCGUAAAGACUACGACAAGACCCGCUGGCAAGAGUUCAUGGAGCUGGAUUUUAUCGGCUACUACCUCUACGCUGGAGGCUUAACUGUUUUCCUGAUUGGAAUGAGCUGGGCUGGCGAGGAGGGCCAUGCGUGGCAUUCUGCCUCUGUGGUUGCGCCAAUCGUUCUUGGAGCCUUGAUCUUCAUUGGCACAUUUAUCUACGACUGGACCGUGAAGCCGAAGCUACCGUUGAUGCCGCUCCACAUAUUCCGCAUGGUCCGGGAAUUCACCAUCUUGCUGGUUGCGCUUUUUGUCUCGGGACUGGUCUUCUUCGCCAUGGUCUCCCUGCUCCCUCAAGCCACCGAGUCGGUGUACGACAGCGACCCGAUCAAGCUCGGUGUCGCCCUGAUUCCGAAUGGUAUCGGCCAAUUCAUCGGAGGCGCUGUCCUCCCUUCUUUGAUUCACAAAAUCAAGAACAUUCGAGCUCAAAUUGUUUUCGCCCUUUUCCUCCAAACCCUGUUCUCGGCCCUGUACGCUUACGGAAUCAUCCCGCACCACAAAACCGCAUGGGUCAUCUUCCAGCUUUUCGGCAUGAUGUGUUUCUCGUGGAUCACUCUCUGCUGCUACGUCGUCGUUGGGCUCCAUGUGCCGCACAAGGAUCUUGGAAUUGCGUCGGGCUUGGUGGGGACUUUCCGCAAUACCGGAGGCAGCGUUGGCAUUGCCAUUUUCAACACCAUCAGAAACGGCGUUCUCAACGACCAGCUUGUGCCACGCAUCUUGAAAGCAGCCACAGCCAACGGAUUCAAGGGCAAUGCAGAUGCAGUGGAAGGCCUAGUGACGGCGGUCACCAAUAACGCCAGGGGGAUUCCCGACGCCUUCGCAAAAGUUCAAGGGGCCACUCCCGCUCUCAUCUCUGCGACUGCAGAAGCCUACAAGGGAGCAUACGGAUAUGCGUAUCAGCGGGUCUUCUACAGCACCAUUCCUUUUGGUGUGAUUGCCAUUAUUACUGCACUCUUCAUCAAGGAUGCCUCGGAAUACCUGACGAACCAUACGGCAGUACACAUGGAAAAGAAUGUUCUCGGAGAAGGCCACCACGAAAGCAAGGCUGUCGACCUGGAGCAGCCGGAGAAGACGGCUACGUAA